AUGUCUUGGAUUCGAGAACUAGAAAUAGUACUCUUUUCAGUCGAACUAUUGAUUCUUUCUAGCAUUGAACAGAUGAGUGAAUCCUUCAAUGAUAGUCCAUUACCUAGGCUGUCAUCGGUUUACGGAGUAUUCCCGAACAUUUCCAUCAUAAAUCAACAACAAUCCUCGAGAGAAAUGAUUGUCCCGAAGGGAGCAACAAGAUGGAUAGGAGCUGCUGUAAAACUCCCAUUCAAAAAUAUUAAUAUUCAAGGUCUUAAUUCGCCUGCUUUACAUCGAGAUUCACCGGAACCGUAUUCUGGAUUUGGAAUUAUUCGUUUAUAUAGUAUGCGUUUUUGCCCAUAUGCUGAGCGAGCUAUAAUUUAUUUAGCUAAAAAAGGACUACCAGUGGAAAUAAAAAACAUCAAUCCAGAAAAUGUACCAAAAUGGUUUUUGAAUAAAAGUCCACUCGGUCGAGUGCCAGCUCUUGAAAUGAAUGGCGUUACAAUUUACGAGUCAUCAGUGAUUGCUGAAUAUCUCGACGAAAUAUUCCCGGAAACAGCUAUUCUUCCGCGUCAUCCACUUUCCAAGGCUAAUCAGAAAAUUCUUGUUGAAAGGAUGUCACCGUUCAUUUCUAUAAUGUUCAAAAUUUUACAUCCAAAUAAUGCUACCAUUCAACAAAACGUUGACAAAUCAUUGCAUAAUGCUCUCCGGGAUGCCGAAACUUUAUUAAUGGAUGACUUUUACGGAGGAAAAGUAUUAGGUUUUGCCGAUAUAAUGAUAUGGCCAUUUUUGGAAAGAUUACAACUUGUAACAGUUAAUCCUUACACAGAAUUCAGAUAUUUCCCAGGUAUUUAUUAUCCGAAAAUGGGCGCAUAUAUGGCUCGUAUGCAAAGACAACCGGAAAUACUAUUUGCUCAACGUCCAAUUGAGCAGCAUGCAGCGUACGUGAACAGCUUUCUAACGGGCCAUCCUAAUUAUGAUAUCGGUAUCAAUCAACCAUAA